AGAACUCCGAAUCUUGUCGCCGUUUAUAAGACGCCAAAUUCUUCUUGUCCCGCUAGUACCGUAAACCCCUAACCCGCGUUCUUGACGGUUGCUGAGCGGAGGAGCAAAUGCUAGUGCUCUUUGAAACGCCGGCGGGCUUUGCCCUUUUCAAAGUAUUGGACGAGGGCAAGCUCUCCAAAGUUGAGGAUUUAUGGAAAGAGUUCUCCACAGCCGACACUGCUCGAAAGGUUGUAAAGCUGAAGGCAUUCUCUAAGUUUGAGAAUACUUCUGAAGCAUUGUCAGCGGCUACCUUACUGAUAGAUAGUAAGCCAAGCAAAGGGCUACGCAAGUUCUUGCGAGCUCACUGUGAAAAUGACACUUUAGCUGUGGCUGAUUCAAAGCUGGGAAAUGCAAUCAAGGAGAAACUGCAAAUUGACUGUGUGCACAACAGUACGGUCAUGGAAUUGAUGAGAGGAUUGAGAAAUCAAUUGACUGAGCUCAUAUCUGGUUUGGCUGUUCAAGAUUUGGCUCCAAUGAGCUUGGGUUUAUCUCACAGCCUUUCAAGAUACAAGCUAAAAUUUAGCCCUGAUAAGGUGGAUACAAUGAUAGUCCAAGCAAUUAGUCUAUUGGACGAUCUUGAUAAAGAGCUAAACACAUACGCAAUGAGGGUACGAGAAUGGUAUGGUUGGCAUUUUCCUGAGCUUGCAAAGAUAGUACAGGACAAUAUCCUUUAUGCCAAAACUGUGAAGUUGAUGGGUGACCGCACAAAUGCUGCAAAGCUGGACUUCUCUGAGGUUCUCCCUGAGGAGGUUGAGGUAGAACUGAAGGAAGCGGCCAUGAUUUCUAUGGGAACUGAAGUUAGCGAUCUUGAUCUAAUGAAUAUUAAAGACCUAUGCAAUCAAGUUCUGUCAUUUUCAGAAUACAGAGCUCAAUUGUAUGAUUAUUUGAAGAGCAGGAUGAAUACUAUAGCUCCUAAUCUAACUGCCCUUGUUGGUGAACUUGUUGGCGCUCGGCUUAUUGCCCAUGGUGGUAGCUUGCUGAAUCUUGCAAAGCAACCUGGAAGCACAGUUCAGAUACUCGGUGCAGAAAAGGCUCUCUUUAGGGCACUAAAAACAAAACACGCAACUCCUAAGUACGGGCUUAUAUACCAUGCUUCUUUGAUUGGUCAGGCGGCCCCAAAACAUAAGGGUAAAAUUUCAAGGUCUCUUGCAGCCAAAACUGCUUUGGCGAUUCGAUAUGAUGCUCUUGGAGAUGGACAAGAUAAUACGAUGGGAUUAGAAAAUCGGGCCAAGCUCGAGGCACGAUUGAGAAACUUAGAAGGCAGAGAACUUGGCCGUCUAUCAGGCUCAGCUAAAGGCAAACCUAAGAUUGAAGUCUAUGAUAAGGACCGCAAAAAAGGCUCUGGGGGGUUGAUUACUCCAGCUAAGACUUACAAUCCUUCGGCUGAUUCUGUUCUUGGGCAUACCGAGCCAACUGCCAAUGAGGAGGAUAAGAUGGAAGUAGAGACGAGGCUAGACGAAGUAGCUGAAGCAGUUGAGGCUCCCGCUAAUGAAGAGAGCAAGAAGAAGAAGAAGAAAAAGAAGGAAACAGCUGUUGAAGAGGACGCUGGUGAACCCGAGAACGAAGAGGUAGGGAGGAAGGAGAAGAAAAAGAAAAAGCAUUCAGCCGAGGGGGGUGAAGGGCAGAAUAGUGAAGAAAAUGCUGAAACUGGAGAGAAGAAGAAAAAGAAGAGAAAGCAUGCCGAGGCUGAAGAAGAAGAAGAGGAAACUGAAUCGACCAAGAAGAAAGACAAGAAGAAGAAGAAGAAGAAAACUGCGGAUUGAUUGUCACAUUAAAAUGUGUACACAAUUUUGGUAUGUACUGGCCUUGUUUUAGUGUUUGAAAAUCUUGUCAUGUUUUCCAAGCCCCUAUGACUUCUACAGAAAUAUUGUAUUUUCAACUCAAUUGAAUUGUGAUGAUUUUUUUUUACUAA